AUGAAGAAUGUAUCGCCUGAUUUUACUGUUUUUGGUGCUCUUUUUUCUCAGAUUCCAAGCAAACGAGAAUGGAAGAGUAUGAAAUUUUGCCUGAAUCAGAAGGCAUCCUGUUUCGAUAUCAGUCCUGAUGGUUCUUCUUUCUUGAUCGGUGGAGAUAAUGGUCAACUCAUCACCUUAUGCAUUUCGGAUGGAGAAUUGAUAGUAUCAGAUUCUUGCGAACGGCACCAAUCCAGAAUCACCGACAUUGCAUUCAACCCAACAGCUGAUUUAAUUGCUACCUGUUCUAAUGAGAAUAAAAUUGAGCUGUCCUCGUUUCAAGCGGAUCUCUUUAAAUCAGGAGACCGGAGGAUUAGUAUGUCGAUGAACGAACCUGUACGUGCACUUACAUUUAUGGAAGAUUUAGCCAGUCAUUCCAAUAUUUUGUUUUCUGGUACCGGUCGUCAAAUAUGUAUUACCGACUGUUCUUCGGGUACUACGUUUCGUGUCUUGAAAGGUCAUAAAGGUAUUGUAACAUCACUUUGUACAUGGGGUGGUUGUCUAUUUGCCAGCUCAUCGGCUGACAAAACUAUCCGCAUUUGGGAUACGCGUGUCACUGAAGCUGUCAGAAUAUUCGAUCCACUUACAAAACCUGGAGGUUUGCUCUCUGAGAUGUACAUUUUUCGAAAAAGAAAGCGCAAUACAGAGCAUACCACAACAGUGGGUGCUUUUCACGUGGAUGGCAGCGGUCGAAUUUUGAUACGUGGUGACGCAAGUGGUGAAGCACAUGUGUAUGAUACAUCAGCAACUAAGAAAAUCAUAACGAAGCGGAUUUCCACACAACCAAUUUCAUGCCUUCGUAUUGCCAACUCACAACGGUUUAUGGCUGUUGCUGAUGAAAAAAAAAUCAGUCUGUGUGAUUUACGCGAUGUAUUUCAAGUGCCCGAAUCAUCAUGUGUUGCAAAAUGCACGAGGAAAUGCUUUAUUCUCAAAUGGCACCCUAUGAAACCAUCAUUUGCAACGCUAGAUAAAGAAAGUACCUUAAAUUUGUGGCAAUUGGAACACAAAGAAUCUUGUACAAUGGACGAUUAA